UACUGUUCUCAACUACUCCUAGUUAGUAAUGGUAUCCUUUUGUGAUGUUGCGCAGCAAUUAUGGCCAUGGGCUCCCGCUCCACUCCCGGCGCCAACUCUAAGCCGUUGCUCACUCCGCUCAACGGUCACCUCGCAGCCCCGCGCGCUCGGUAUUUAACCCUCACCCCGACACACGUCUCGCCAAAGAACAAACAAACGACGUUGCAACCAGUACCAGCAACAGCCAAACACACGGCCGACAGCUCCAGCUCCAGCUCGGUGCAACCGUGCAAGUGCAAUGGCGUCGAGCCCCGGCUCCAGCUCCAACCUGAGGAGCUCUCCUUGCUCGCCCUCGCCGCCGCCGCGCUCGGCCCGGCGCUGCUGCUCCGGCCCCGCCCGACGCCCUUCGGCUGGGCGCUCGUCUCCGUGCACGCCGCCACCCUGCUCUCGGCGCUCGCGUCCCUCCACGCCCACGCCGCUCGCCGCCGCCUCUGCUGCCACGCCCACGCGGUCGCCGCGCUCUGCGGCCACGCGCUCGCCGCGUGCGCCCUGCUCCUCCGCCGCGACCGCUGCCUCGCGCUCCUCGCGUCGGCCAGGGACCGGAGGGAGCAGGUCGCGCUGGUGCUCCUGGAGGCGGCGCUGCUGCUGGCCAUGUUCCUCGUGCAGGCCCUGGCGCUGGCGGUGGCCUGCGCCGUCGGCCGGCGGUGGGCGGGGGAGCACGAGGCGGUCGAGGCCGAGAAGGCCGCCGCGGUGACGAAGCGUGGGAGGAAGAUGAGGCGCGUGCAGCAGGCAGAGUCGGCGGAGGCCGGCGUGGGGGCGGUAACGUGGUGCUCCGGGGAAACACCAGAGGGGAGUGCUGAAAAGAAGAUGUAGGGGCUGUUUGGUUAGCAGACUAAGGUUGGCACGGCUAACCUUAGUGUUUGGUUCAUUGCGGCUUAUUAUCGGUUGUUACGUGACAAUGCAUAGUCCCGUGUUGUCUGAGCAAAUUUCGUCCCAAAACAGGCAGGUGAGAUAUAGAGAUAGUGGGAGAUUCCAACCCAUUUCAGUUU